GCCUCAUAUAAGUGACAGUGGAAGCUUUACGUUAUCAGCAAGUGGUAUUUCUUUUGAUGUUUCUAUUAAGAUCGGAGCCACGUCUGACGGACACCCAACCAUCGCAGCUGCAGGCUGUUCAGCAAGUAUUGGAGGAGUCAGCAUUCACUUUUCUGGUGGAGCAAGCUGGUUGUACAAUUUAUUUUCAAGUAAGAUCGAAGGCGUUAUCAAAAGUUCUCUUAAUUCUGAGCUGUGCAAAGCUGCAACUUCAGCUAUCAAUGAUCAAGGCGCCAAAGCUGUGGCUAAAUUUCCUGUUAAGAAACAGCUUGACAAGUACUCCUUGAUAGACUACGCUCUUGUUAAGACACCAAACUCCUCCUUUUCUUUCCUGGAUGUCUUCGUUAAGGGCGAGUUCGAAUCGGUGGCUCAUCCGAGUGAGGCACCUUUCACUCCAGUCUCUCUUCCAGUAGACUCUGAAUCAAGCAGUAUGGUAUACGCGUGGAUCACUGAUUACGUACUCAAUUCCGCCAGCUUUGUUUAUAUGCAAGCUGGUUUCAUGAACCGGACAGUGACAAACGAUGAUCUUCCGAAAAACUUUUCUUAUGCCCUGAACACGAAGACCUUCAAGCUUCUUAUUCCACUGCUGUAUUACAAGUACCCAGAUCGCCCAAUGAAGCUCAAAGUCUAUCCAACAGAAAUCCCAACCGUGUCUUCACUUGCUGCUGGCAUUGAUCUAUCGAUUAUUGGAAAUAUUGAGAUGUAUGUGGAUUUGGCUAAUGGAUCUUCUGUGUACGCGUUGACCCUUGGACUGAAAAUCUCAAGUUCAGUGAAGAUUGCGGUCAGAGAGACGAACCUAACUGUGCAUUCAGACUUUGUCAAACUUAAGGCAAGGCUUAUAGACUCUGCCAUCGGUAAUAUCUUGCUUAACAUCAAAUUGCUACAGGUGUUUCUUGACGUCUUUGUUGACAAGCUGGUCAUCAAAGAAAUCAACGAAUUUGGUGACAAAGGAUUUCCUUUACCAGUAAUUGAUGGAGUGUCCUUGGAAAAUCCAAAAAUUAGUAAUGGAAAGUCUUUUACUCUAGUUUCUGCCGAUGUGAGCUACAAGCCGAAUAAUAAAGAAGAUGAAGCUCAUAAACGAUAUCUUCAGCAUGAAAACCAAGCACCCAGGAAAUCAAUUCGAAUCGUCUAAAAUCAUAAAAAGGGAGAACUAUUAUGAUAAUAAUAAUAAUAUGACCAUCAAAAAUUCUCGAUUGUGAUUGGCCUGCUAUACCAGUUGAUUUUUUUGACAUCACUAUGCAAAGAUUGAUGUAAAACAAUUUUUUUUUUUGAAAAUUUAAAGAUUUUCAAGAAUUAUAUCUUUUCGUGUUUUGUGAUUAUUUUCAGGAUAUUUUCAGUCUAAGGUAGAAAAUAUGAUUUUGAAUUGGAAGGUUCAUGUCAGAUUUAUAUUUUACGCAUCUUGUAAUAUUUACCUCUAAUUUUUGAAAAAUUCAACUGAAAGGGAAAUCAUUUGGAAGGGCUCAAAAUCCACCUCUUCUAGACAGGAAAUUUGCAUAGGCAAUCGUGUGAAAUUAAGAAAGAUAUGAUGACACAAAACGAAUUGUAAUUUCCUGACCUUUACUUCAAACAAAUUGUUCUCGUUCAAUUAUGAUCUGAUCUUAAAUCUGAGAAAACAAGGUCAUGCAGGUAUGUGUAUCCUCAGCAUGAAUAGUGAUGAGGAAUUCUUAGUAGUCUGUAUAUCUAUAAUGAUUAUAUUCAUGACAAAUUAUUUGGCUGAAUUCCAUUCGUGAAAUUUUAUCCAGAAGCAUGUUAGCGGUUAAACGUCCCUCGGCAAACAAUACCUCCCAAGGUGAUUAUGUAAUAAUUUUCUAGAAUUUAUAUUAUCAAUGGUCUUGAUAUUUUCGUUCGUGUCUUCUGUUUGUGUACUGAUGACCUGUUUGUCAUGUGUAUUCAGUUCAUAUAAAAACUUAAAAUCACAA